CGCGCCGGAAGUGCCCCUCUAGGAUCGUGGCUGCAGGCGUAGGACCACAUUCGCGGGUUUUCCCGGCGACCGAGAGUUGGAGCCUGCGUGCCAGCAGCCUGGAACCCAGAGCCUGCCCUGGAGCCUGCACAAUCAAUCCAGACUGAAGCCGAUGUCUUCUAGAGGGACGGAAAUGCAAUCCAUCCGGGGUACAGCUGAAUUUUGAGAGGCAUUAAUGUCUUGGCGUCCACCAAAGGACUGCUGGGACUAAUUCACUUGGCAAACUUGUGGCCAGCCAUGCUUCAAAUCCCCGUUGUCCUUGGCUAUCGCCCAAGAUUGGCUUACAGAAGAGAUGAAAUGUGGUCUGAGGGGCGUUAUGACUAUGAACGACUUCCAAGAGAAAGGGGACCUCCUCGGAAUCACCCCAGUGAUGGCUACCAUAGAGUAGUUAAUAUUGUGCCAAAGAAAUCACCUCUGCUAGAAAAGAAACCACCACUGCUAGAAAAGAGACCACCUCUGCUAGAAAAGAGACCACCUCUUCUAGACAGACCUGAUGAAGGAAGCUACAGUAGAUAUUACAGUCAUGUUGAUUACCGAGACUAUGACGAGGGCCGCAGUUUUUCUCAUGAUCGAAGAAGUGGUCCACCUCACAGAGGAGAUGAAGCUGGUUAUAGAUGGACCAGAGAUGAUCAUUCCAUAAGCCGACAGCCUGACUACAGGGACAUGAGGGAUGGCUUUAGAAGAAGAAGUUUCUAUUCUUCCCAUUGUUCAAGAGAGCGGUCUCCUCAUAAAAGAGAUGCUCCUUUUUUCAGAGACUCACCUGUAGGCCGGAAGGACUCCCCGCACAGCAGAUCUGGCUCCAGUGUCAGCAGUAGAAGCUAUUCUCCAGAAAGAAGCAAAACGUACACUUUCCAUCAAUCCCAGCAUAGAAAGCCUGUGCGUGCUGGUUCCUCCUACAAACGGCACCAUGAAGGAAAUCCAAGAAGAGGUAAGGAGAGACCCAUCCAGUCUUUGAAAACAUCAAGAGAUACUUCACCCUCAAGUUCUUCAGCAGUUUCUUCAUCAAAGGUGUUAGAUAAAUCAAGCAGGCUAACUGAGAAGGAACUUAGUGAGGCUGCAAGCAAAUGGGCUGCUGAAAAACUAGAAAAGUCAGAUGAAAAUAAUUUGCCUGAAAUUUCCGAGUUUGAGACGGAAUCCACGGCACCCUUGUUUAUUGAUCAGACAGGAGAACCCGAGGUGAACACAGUGGAUGGCACAGAGUUGUUUGAAGACAGCCAGUUGACCAGUCGCUCUAAAGCAAUAGCAUCAAAAACCAAAGAGAUUGAACAGGUUUAUCGGCAAGAUUGUGAGACUUUUGGGAUGGUGGUGAAGAUGCUGAUUGAAAAAGAUCCUUCAUUAGAAAAAUCCAUACAGUUUGCACUGAGGCAGAAUUUACAUGAAAUAGGUGAGAGGUGUGUGGAAGAACUCAAACAUUUCAUUGCAGAAUAUGAUAGUUCUACUCAAGAUUUUGGAGAGCCUUUUUAGGAGAAUUAGUGUUGAUGCCAAAAAGAAGUUUAUAGGUCCUUCCUCUGAUUGUGUGAAUCCUUAAUAUUUUGUGAUGAAGAAAAAUACUUUAUUAUAACUGGUCCUUUCUCAUAUCAAAUAAACAUCUAAAGUAGUCUGUUUAAAAUAUCUGAAUCAAAAAUGUUUUCUACAUGGACAGUCUGCUAAUAUAUAUUCAUGCCCCUCCCUCUAAAAUAUGAUGGUCAUUUAAAGCUUGAAAAAGCAGUUCUGGGAGCAGUUUUCUAUACUUAACACAUGUUCUUUAGUCUUCCACAAUAUGAUCAUUUGGUUACAAGUGUCAUGUAUAGUUAGAAAUCAUCCCACUUCAACAGUAGUCUGUUUGCAUUUCAUGUGAGUGAUCCUAUGUGAGAAUAUUAGCAGUUUGAGUUGUGAUUCUAUAGAUUUAGGCUUGCUUUUCUUAAUGUAACUCUUCACAAUGUCAAGGUUUACCAUCCUAAUGAAUUAGUACUUUGGUGUCUUAGAGAAUAUUUGCUUUGAGAAGAAUUCUCAGUCAGUGAUAAAACAGCACUUAAAAUCUCUACAAAAGACCUCUGAGAAUACAAUACUGUUUUCCAAGUACAUGAACUGAAUGCAUCUGUUCCACUAAAAUACUCGUAAAACUUUGGACCAUGCUGUCUGAUGUGUAGUUUUAAACAACAUCGUAGAUAAGACUUAGAAGAUGGAAGAGGGUUUUAAGGUUAAGAUUUCUCAGAAACCCUUCUGAUCAUUAGAGGAAAACAUAAAUAGGCCCAUACUCUGUAUUAAAACUAACAUGCUCAUAGAUUAUUCUAUUAAUCUCUGUGAUCUCAGUUCCUUGUUCUAUGGUUCUUAAGAGGUUCUCAGCUCUUCAGAAGUAUUCCUGAAAGAAAGAAAGAAAGAAAGAAAGAAAGAAAGAAAGAAAGAAAGAAAGAAAGAAAGAAAGAAAGAAAGAAAGAAAGAAAGAAAGAAAGAAAGAAAGAAGGAAAGGAAGGAAGAAAGGAAGGAAGGAAGGAAGGAAGGGCAAGCAAGCAGAGAAGGCAUUGAGGUCAGCGUUGCUACCCCUUACCUCAAGAGUGAAUGAACAAAUUACUUAGGAAUCCCCAGCAACCAGUAGGGGAGUCCUGUCAUUUCCUGGCCUCUUCCAGCAGCACAGUGACAUUGAACCAAAAUACAUAAUUUGUGACAUUAGUGAGGAAACCUUAAAAAUCAUGGUUUUUAUUAACUAUCCAGUUUCAUUAUCUUCCUGUCCUUUAUCCAUUUUCACUCUAUUCUCACUUCAAUUCCAUCAUUAAAAAAAAAAUUGAGAUAGAGUCUUAUUAUGUAGCUCAGGCUGGUCUCAAACUUUCCGUGUCAGUUUCCACAUUGACUUUGAAUUUAUGAUUCCCUUGCCUGAGUACUAGAGUUGUAGGUAUGAGCCAUCAUGUCCAGCCAUCUGCCAUGACUUUGUGGCUUCUAUUGAUAUUAUCAAAAGAGCUACCCCAAAGUACAUACAGAUUAUAUUAAAAGUAGAAAUAGAAGUAUAAAUAAUUCUAAUGGAUCUGUAAUGGAUGCUUGAAAUAUGUAUUAAGCUACUUCACAAAUUAAAACUAAUUGAGGACAAGAUUUAUUUUUUUAAGUUUCCUAAAUGAGACCACUUGGAAUUUUUAUUUUUUCCUUUGAUAAGUUAUACAUAUCUAAUUUUUCUAAAACAUGAUAUUCUUCGUAAAUAUAAACAGUGAUUUACUUGCUACUCAUUUUUAGAGAGACUUUAAAAGAUACUGCCAUUAAUUUUUCUUCCCAGGGUUUUUCUUUUCUUAAAUAUUCUAGUCCCAGGAUUUAGUUCUUCUAAUCAAGGUGUUACUAGUUUAAAUAUAAAAUUUGAGAAACUACCAGUUUGCCAAGUUGUUCACUUGGUAGAAAUUCAUGAGGAAGGAAAUCUAAUAGAUACAUUUAAAUAUCAGUUCAACACAUAGUUUCUUCCUCUUCCUUUUGUUCACAUUACCGUCCACACACAAAGCUGUUUAUAGCUUGCCAACAGUCUUCUUCUCCUAGGUGUGACACUGUUAAAUAUGUUUGUUUUGCUUUUGUUUUUUUAAAGUCCAAUUUUAGGAUCAAUAAAUUCAGAUGUGUACUAGAAUAUUUAUUUUGCAAAAUGUUUUAAUUAAAGUGAUUUGUAAAUUAUCCAUUGUUUUUGAAUAUACCUAAUUGAUGUGAUAAAAUUUUCAUUGUCUUACCAUAAAGCCUUGAUGAUCAACAUGGGGGAAGCAGAUAUUGUAAAGCUUUUGUGAACUUUAAAACUGCAAAAUAAAGCAACCAAGAUGAAGUAA